AUGGCACCUCAAGAUCGCCUGGCCCAAGUGUCGUCGCACCUCAAUUAUCCUCAGGGCAUGCUACAUGGCCAAGUAGCAAUCAUCACUGGUGCUGGUCAAGGAAUCGGCGCAGAAGCUGCCCAUCUCUUUGCAAACGAGGGCGCUAAAGUAGUUGUUGCAGACCUUGAUGCACGUACGUAUCGUGUUCCUCCCAUCAAGCAGACAGGAGAUAUGAAAUGCCUGACUCUUUUGGGGAAUAUAGAGAAAUGUGAAGCAGUCGCAAAGGCUAUCAACGAUGCGAGCGCUAGGCGAGCCAUCGCUGUUGCGGGAGAUGUUACCGAUUCAGAGUAUUUGAAGAGACUCGUACAGAAGGCCGCUGAGUUUGGGAACGGGAAGAUACACAUUAUUGUCAACAACGCAGGAUAUACAUGGGACGGCGUCAUUCACAAGCUGUCUGAUACCCAAUGGGAGAAAAUGCUUGCUGUCCAUGCCACGGCUCCCUUCAAGCUCGUUCAACUCGCAGCUCCAUUCUUCCGUGUUAAAGAUGGAGAGCCCAGAGUGAUUGUCAACAUAAGCAGCACUAGUGGCAUACAUGGAAAUGCAGGACAAGCCAACUAUGCCCUCGCCAAAGCCGGCGUGGUCGGACUCACCAAGACCAUCGCAAAAGAAUGGGGCCCGCAGUUCGGCGUGCGCGCUAACACUAUUGCUUUUGGCUUCGUUCUCACCCGUCUGACCCAGGCAAAGGAAGCCGGUGCUUUCAUUACCACGCCAGAAGGGCACAAAGUUGCCCUUGGUAUUCCCACAAAACAACUUUCCACCAAGAAAGGCGACGAACAAGACCAAUACGCCGAUAUUCCCCUCCGACGGGCAGCUAGUCCAGCAGAAGCCGCAAGAUCGAUUCUGGGGGUUGUGAGCCCGCUGUUCAGCUAUGUUAAUGGUCAGACUAUCAUGGUUACAGGUGGACGCAAUAUGUAA